AUGCAAGAUGCAUCGACAAGUGACGUUAUAUGGAACUGCAAAAUUUGUUGUAAAGAACACGAUUGCAAAGAAAGCUUGUGGGAUCACUAUGAGAUGCAUAAAAUAGUAGCAGAUCAAUUGCAAGAUUCGAGUGAAGAUAAAGAAGAAACUGGUGAUAACUUGACGUUUAUGGAUUCGGAUAAAGAUGACGAAAAAGUGACUUGCGAUCUUUGUUUGCUCACUUUUAAGAAUAAAUGGAGCUAUCAUGGUCACUUCCAACGAGCUCACAGAAUCAAAGAUAACUACUGCGAAAUCUGUAAGAGAAACUACGCCAAUGAGUACAGCUUGAGCAUCCACAAUGCCACGCACAGUUCUGACCCCAAAACAUUCGUUUGUGUCGUUUGUAAAAGUUUUAGUACUCAAAUUACAGAUUCCUUGUUCUUCCAUAUUCGUUCUGAACACAUAAAAGAAGAAUUAUACUGUAGUGAAUGUGAUAGACAUUUUUUCUCGAAAAGUUGGCUUGAAGACCACAAGAUAUUUCAUAAAAGUCAGGAGAAGUAUACACCAAACAGAUGUAGUGUAUGUUUUCUCGAGUUUGGUACCAAUCGUCAACUUCUUGUUCAUAUGCAAACCCAUGAUACCAAGUCUCUUGUGCUCUUCAAAAAACAUAAAUGUGCCACAUGUAACUUGACUCUACCGUUCAAGAAAAACUUGGAACAGCACAUGGAGAAUGUUCAUUCCAGCGAACAGAAGUCUUAUCUUUGCAAUGAUUGUGGACGAUCUUUUCCUACGGUAGCUCGUCUAACGCAACAUAUGAAGAUACAUAAAGAAGGACAAUAUGAAUGUCCUUUUUGCAAGAAAAUAUUUAAACAGAAACAGACUAUGACCAUUCAUAUUCGAACUCACACUGGGGAGAAACCUCACAAAUGUCAUUUAUGUGACAAAACAUUCUCCCAAAGAUCUCCACUUACUGUCCAUCUUCGGACCCAUACUGGGGAACGUCCUUACCCUUGCAGCAAGUGUCAAAAAGGUUUUGUCACUAAAACUAUUAGAGAUUAUCACUCAAAAACCUGCCGAUUUAUGUUUUACGGAAAUACGACUUAUACUGAUAGUACCAUAUACGAUAGUACUUCACAAAAUAUUGACUUGGAAUUGGCUAUUGGCAUGGUCCCGGCAUAUUUGUUAAUACGUUCACAACCCAAUACAACUCAGGACCAAACGAUAUUAGACAAUAAUCAAGAGAAGAUGAAUACUCCUUUGAGAGAUACAAAUGCAGUCAAAAGAAGAACAAACAGAGAAAAGUCAGAAGCUGUAACGUCAGAUCCUAGAGAGGUUCUGGUAUAUUCGUACCAGAACCAACUGGUUCCAACUGAACCAACGUACCAGAACCAACUGGUUGCAACUCAGUACCAAACGAUAUUAGACAAAAAUCAAGAGAGGAUGAAUACUACUUUAAAAGAUACAAAGACAUGCAAAAGAAGAACAAGCAGAGAAAAGCCAGAAGCUGUAAAGUUAGAGGUUCUUGAAUAUUAUUCUAACAGAAAUAUAGUUGAAAAAUAUAAAAAUCCAUUUGAUUAUUUCGCUUUUGAGAAUAAUCUAUUGACUGAAUAUGUAACGAAGAAACGGUCGUUGGUAGAAAAAGCGAUGCACGAUACAACAACUCCUGAUUUUCUAUUCGAAUGUAGGAUUUGUUCUAAAAAACAUGGGAGCAAAGACAACUUAUUUGAUCACUACGAAAUGCAUAAAGCUAUCGCAGAUCAGUUAGACGAUUCAAGUGAAAAUCAAAUAGAAGUUACAGAAGAAGAAAACAUGACUUGUCACCUUUGUCAAGCUACUUUUGAAAAUAAAUCGAACUAUAAUUCUCACGUUCAGCGGUCACACAGAUCAAAAGAAGUUUAUUGCGAAGUUUGUAAGAAAAAGUACGCCAAUGAAUACACCUUGAGCAUUCACAAUGCGACACACAGUGCUGAUCGCAAUACAUUCAUUUGUGUCAUUUGUAAAACAUUUAGUACUCAAAUUACAGAUUACUUAUUCUUCCAUAUUCAUUCACAACACGUAAAAGCAGACUUAUAUUGCAAGGAAUGUGAUAAACAUUUUUUCUCGAAGAGUUGGCUUGAAGGCCACAAAGUCUUUCAUAAAAGUCAAGAAAAUUGCACACCAAAUCGCUGCAGUGUUUGUUAUGUUGAAUUUCCAACCUCUCAGCAAUUGCUGGUCCACAUGCGAGAAAACCAUGACAUUAAGUCUAUGAAGUUCAAAAAAUAUAAAUGUACUGCCUGUAAUUUUACUUUUGCGUUUGAGAAAAAUCGGAAUCAUCACAUGGAAAAUUUACAUGCUAACGAGAACGACAAAAAGACUUUCCUCUGUAACGACUGUGGGGAAUCUUAUUUCUCGUUAGCCUGUUUAACGCAACAUAUGAAAGUACAUAAAGAAGGUCAAUAUGCUUGUCCUACUUGUAAUAGGAAAUUUAAAAGAAAGCCAAAUUUGACCAUCCAUCUUCGCACUCACACUGGGGAAAAGCCAUACAAAUGUCAUGUAUGUGGAAAAGCAUUUGCCCAGAGACCACCACUUACUGUGCAUAUACGAAGUCAUACUGGGGCACGUCCACAUUCUUGCAGAAAAUGUGAAAAAGGUUUUGUUACUAAAACUAUUAGAGACAAUCAUGAAAAAAAAUGUAGCAAGCAUACUAGUACUGGUAGACAGUGCUGA